AUCGACACUCCAGGACUGUUUGAUACUGAACUUACUAAUGAAGAGAUCCAGAGAAAAAUCAGCCAAUGCAUCUCCAUGAUCCUGCCUGGACCGCAUGUGUUUCUCCUGCUGAUUCCACUGGGACGAUUCACUAAAGAAGAGGAAACAUCAGUGAAGAUCAUCCAAGAGACGUUUGGUGAGAAAUCUUUAAUGUACACAGUGGUGCUCUUCACUAGAGGAGACGAUCUGAAGGACCAAACCAUUGAACAGUGUUUGGGAAAACCUGGAUCUGCUUUAAUGAAGCUGAUUGAAGCGUGUGGAAACAGAUACCAUGUGUUCAAUAAUAAUCAGACUGGAGACCGAACACAGGCGUCUGAUCUACUGGAGAAGAUAGACGCCAUGGUGAACGCAAAAGGAGGGAGUUUCUACUCAUGUAAGAUGUUCAGAGAGAUGGAAAGAGAAAGACAAGAACAACAGAAGAAAAUCCUGAUGGGCAGAGUCAGAGAAACAGAAGAGAAAAUGAAGAAACAUGAAGAAGAGAUGAGACGAGAACGAGAGACAUUUAAAAAUGAAACUGAGCAACUGAAGCAAGAAAAAGAGAAAAAAAGAGAAGAAUAUAUAGAAAGAGUAGAAAAAUAUAAAACGCAAAUACAAGAGCAAGAGAGAGAGAUACGAGAUGAGAUGAGACGAGAACGAGAGACAUUUAGACAUGAAAUAGAGGAAAUGAAGCAAGAAAAAGAGAAAGUGAAGAAAGAAAAGGAAAAAUAUCAAAAGGAAAUAGACAGACUGAUGAACAGAAUAGAGAAUGAAAGAGAGAAUCAUGACAAAGAGAGAAAGAGAAGAGAAGAAGAGUUUAAUGAGAGAGAAGAACGAUAUAAAACACUUAUGAAAGAGAAAGAAGAGGAGAGUGAGGAAAAGAUGUGCAAGGAGAUGAAGAGAGAACGAGAGGAAUGGGAGAAACAGAAACUAGAGGAAGAGACGAGAAGAGAAGAAGAGGAUGAGAAAAGAAGAGAGAAAGAACAGAGAGUUCAUGAUGAAUUUAAUCAGAGACUGAAAGAAGUACGAGAGAGAAAGAAAAGAGAGAAAGAAGAUCUUCAGUCUAAACAUGAAGAAGAAGACAAGAUGAAGAUCCUGAUGGAGAAACUGAAGAUAGAAAGAGAAGAACUGAUGAAGAAACAUGAAGAAGAGAAAGAGAGAAUGAAGAUGAUGAUGGAGGAAGAACGA